CACGGUUUAGCUUUUGAAGACAGAGAGACCUCCGGCCCGACAUUUCCGAGACUUGUUCCAGUACCUCGAUGCGCUUAAGCACUCUUGUCCCUUCAAUCUCCCAAGAAAUCGUCACCCUAUUCGAAAAUAACGGAAUAGUGACGGACAGGGACCUCUUAUUCAACGAAUCUGCUCUCGACAUCUACCAAAAGCUACCCCGCGAAGUGCUGACACUGUCGCAACUUCGUGCAUUCAUUGCACGCGUCACUGAGCUACUUUCUGCGUCUGGGUCCUGCUCUGCUGACCUACCGGAUAUUCCCCGUUUAAAACUACUCACUGGCGUUGCUAAUUUGGAUGCUCUCACGGAUGGCUUUGCGAGCUCACAAAUAGUUGAAAUUUCUGGAGACAGUGCAUCAGGAAAGACUACAUUUGCGUUGAAUUUGGCUGUCCGCUAUUUGCAGGUACAACGGGACUCUAUUGCGCUAUGGAUUGACACGCGUGGCGAGUUCUCGCCUGAACGAGCCUACCGUACUCAGGCUUCAAUGGACCAUGAGGCCUCAGAUGUCUUGGACCGGCUGCAGGUUUCAGAGGCAUUCGAAAUUGAGGCCGUCUACGAGGUUCUGUGGGCGCUCCCAAUGUCACAGCAGCGCUUCGGCUGCAUCUUCAUCGAUAGCAUCACUCCUCUACUAGGAUCUAAUUUGAGCGCCGUUUCAUCCCAAGGACAUGCCAUCAUGAGUGGCUUCAUGCAACAAUUACGAGCAUUAGCUCAGUCUCUCUCCUUAACAGUUUUUGUAAUCAACAACGCUACGGCUCUCCGAGGAGAUGAUUCAUUGUCUGCCUUUGAAUGGACUGCGAAAAAACCCGCUCUCGGCCCUUCGUUUUCCUUCAUGAGUGAUUCAACCUUAUGGCUUUCUAAAUGUCACGAUCGAGACGAUGCAGCAAUGUAUACUGCUGAAAUGCUUCGAUCCCGGUCGACACAUUCAAGCACCUGGACUCGUUUUCGGAUAUGCGAUGGAGUUUUGAAAUCUGCUUAAUUCUCUCUUACAAUUCGACAUCAUAGCGCCUUUUCCAACGCUAUCACCUCCUCUAUUGCACUAUAAUGUUUGUUCACCGUCAAAGCGUCCCAGGCAACUCGCUUGAGCGGUGCCCUUACCACCGUCUCACCAUAAUUAAAGUUCCUCGAAACGAUACUCUUCACCCCUCCGAUCCCUCCGAUCUUCUGCACGGCCCAAUCAGCGUGUCCCAUCUUGGCUUGCAGCGUCG